UAUCCAGGUUCAGUAAACCAAAUAGUUUUCACUUAUGGCUUUCGAGUAUCUUCGUUUUCUUGGACUAUGCCACUUGAUGCUACUUCUCUUAUUGGGUGUGUUAGUGUUAGAUUUAUCUCAUGUCGUCGUUAAAGGUAAACGUCUCGAACCUAAGGAGAGUAACUACAAUUUAGCUCAUCCCAAGGGAAUUGUCAAAACCAUUAAGGACGAAGAUGGGGAUGUGCUGGAUUGCGUUCAUAUACACAAACAACCAGCUUUUGAUCAUCCUAUCCUCAAGGAUCACAAGAUACAGAUGGAUCCAAGUUCAUCACUUAGAAAGAUCAACCAAGGCAACUCGGCCCCGCAAUUCAUACAGCCAUGGUACCAGAAGAACACAUGCGCCGAAGGAACUAUCCCAAUCCGAAGAAGGCGACUUCAACACCAGCAUCCUAAUAAUAGAAAACAGUCUAAUAACACCAUCAAAGGUCCACACUUUGAGGCAAGUUUACGACACACAAAAUCUAAGCCAAUGAAGCCACCAUAUUUUGAGUUUGUAAUUGCAUGUUAAGCUAUAUUGUUUUAUGUAGUAUGCGAUGUUACAAGCACAACCUUCACCCGGGACGCGGUUUUAUGGAGGAAGUGCAAAAAUAAGCGUAUGGGAUCCUUUCGUAUAUAGGCAAGAUGAUUUUAGUGACUCUACAUUGGUUGUCCAGCUUAAUCCACUAGGUUUUUUGAAGGCUGGUUGGAUUGUUUACCCUGAGCGAUAUCUUGACUUCAGACCAAGACUUUACUCAUACUUUACGAUAGAUAAUUCCACAACUUCUCGCUGCUGGGAUUUGGAUUGUGAUAAUGGGUUUGUGCAAGUCAAUAAUACUUACGCCCUGGGUAGCUUCAUAUUACCAGUUUCAACCAUAGGUGAUGAGAGUUAUUAUUGGAUUGAUGUAUCUAUAUUUCAGGAUCGAAAGACAGGAAACUGGUGGCUAAGUUUUCAGAACAUUCCGAUAGGAUACUGGCCUGCCUCCCUGUUUGCAGCCUUACCAGAAGGAGCUGAAAUGUUAAAUUGGGGUGGAACAAUCUACGAUUCACUAGGAAAGGGUUCGCACACAGAAACAGACAUGGGCUACGGAUUAUUUCCUGAUGUAGGGACUACUGAUAAAGCCAGCCUAGUAUGUUCACUGUAUUAUGCGGAUGACUCAAACACACUCCAGAUUCCGGACCGAUCAAAUCUGCUUAUGGCGGUAUCUAAUCCUUUGUGCUACAAUGCACAAAUCAUACCUGUGUUAGACCCUAAAUUAGGACAGUGUUUUUCGUUUGGUGGUCCUGGUCGAAACCCAAACUGUCCUUAAGAUGUUGAGAGUACUCUCAUUAUAUAUAUGCUUGAAUGUGUGUGUUUGUGUGUGCGCGCUCGCAUGUGUGUGAUUUGCCCAUUGUGAUUGAGAUCUGUCGAUCACUUUACUAUUUCAUCUGGUUUGUACAAAGGUGUGUUUGCACCUGAUUUUGUGAAUGAACAAAUGAGUUAAUAAACCCUAGAUCUAUGGGUGUAAUACUUUGCAAGUUAAGCUUUUGUA